AUGCUGUAUUAUCCGACCCCUGUUGGACUGCUCUGGAACAGUUUAUAUCUGACGGACAUCACAAUGUCGGUAUUCGCAAGAAGCGACCUGUUCGCGACGAAAGGGGAGAGUCUCUGUAGUCGGCACCCACGCCUGGAUUCCGCGAGCGGAGGUGCAGCUCUCGUCUUCCAUGCCGGCCUCUUCCCUGUCCUGCCCGUCUGGCUAGCCACUGGUCAGUGGUAUCUGGAUGGGAAGACUGCAAAGCUAUGUGCGGGCUCAACUGGUCUCUACCCGCCGCCAUGUCGUGGUAGCAUAGGUAAUUAG